AUGAGCCAGCCUGCUACACAAUUCGACGCUAUAUACUAUGGUCUCAACUCUGAGCCCGGCAAACUACGCGUGGCUCAAAGUGGGAUGGCAUGGAAAGGCUCGGGGUCAGAUAUUACAGCGGUUCCAUCAGCGGACAUCAAGUGGGCACAGUGGCUGCGCGUUGCCCGUAACUUUCAGCUGCGCGUCGGAGUGAAAGAUAGGAAGAAAAUAUGUUUCGACGGUUUUGUGCGGGAGGAUCACGACAAACUGCAGACUCUGUUGAAGAAUUACUUCUCGGUGACUCUGGAGACGAAAGAAGUGUCGUUCAAAGGCUGGAAUUGGGGAGAGACCGACUUCCAAGGCCAGGAUCUUGCUUUCUUGGUAUCUAAUAGAGUCGCUUUCGAAUUGCCGCUCGCCCAAGUGGCCAAUUCCAACAUUGCAGGACGUACAGAGGUUUCGCUUGAGUUCUCAAACCCUUCGAGCAAGGCCCCGACCAAAUCGUCACUCGACGAAAUGGUUGAGAUCCGUUUCCACGUACCUGGGGCUUACACGAAACCACGCGCUUCAGAUGCCGGUUCGCAGAAGUCGGACGAUGAGGAAGAUACCAACGAGGCGGAGAUCAGUGCCGCCCAGGUAUUCCACGAUAUGAUAAAAGAUAAGGCCGAUAUCGGGCAAGUGGCUGGAGACCUUAUUCUUAGCUUUGAAGAGGUUCAUGUCGUGGUUCCUCGUGGUCGCUACGACGUCGACAUGUUCCCCGACUUUCUUCGUCUGCGCGGGAAGACGUACGACUACAAAAUUCUGUAUACGAGCAUUGGUCGACUUUUCCUCCUCCCUAAGGAUGAUCAGCAUGUUCUUUUCAUUCUUGGAUUGAACUCUCCUAUUCGUCAAGGACAAACCAGAUACCAAUAUCUGGUCAUGCAAUUUAAUCGAGAAGAGGAGAUGACGGCGGAAUUGAAUCUACCAGAAGAGGAAGUCGCCAAGUACGAUCGCCUGAAGAAGAAUUACGAGGACCCCACUUUCGAAGUUGUCUCAGGAGUCUUCCGUGCCCUGUCAAAGAAGAAAAUCAUCAGCACAGGAAGCUUUCAAAAUCGGAACGGACAACCAGCUAUCAAGGCUAACCUCAAGACUGUCCAGGGAGACCUCUUCUUACUCGAGAAAUACAUCUUCUUCGUCUCGAAAUCGCCAACUCUCAUUGAGCUCUCGGACGUUCACCAAGCCGUAUUCUCUCGCGUUGGCGCGAGUAUGGGUGCCAACGCCGCCCGCACAUUUGAUCUCAAAUUCGUGACAAAGAGCGGCCCCGAAAUCACCUUCUCCUCAAUCAACAAAGAGGAGCAUGAAUCGACUGAAACGUAUCUCAAGGAGAAGAAGAUCAAGCUGAAGAACGAGCUGGUCCCAGACGUUGAUGUCAGGUUGGCUGCUGGAAAUCUAGAUGACGAUGACGAUGACGAUAUGCAAAGUAUUGCUUCUGAUGAGGAUGUCGCUCCUAAAGUCAAAAUACGGACUGGCGGCCCCGACGACGAAGAUAGUGAAGAGGAUGAGGACUUCGAAGCGUCUGGCUCGGAUAGUGGAUCGCCCUCGGACACAGAUUCCGAUGCCUCCGGGGCGCACACUGCUUCGGACGCUAGCGGUGACCGUGAUUUCAUGAAGAAGAAAGUGAAGGGUAAAGGGAAGGCAAAGGCGAAGAAAGACAAUGCCGCCGCCAAAGACAGCGACGCUGAGGAUGACAAUGUCGACAAACCCAAGAAGAAGCCUGCUCCUAAACCGAAACCCAAGGCGAAGAAAGACACUGACAUGGAUGUGGACGAGGACGGCGAUAAGCCGAAAGCGAAACCUAAACCUAAACCCAAGGCAAAACCCGCUGCUGCUGCUGCUGCCAAAGCUGGUCCGUCGAAAGAUGACAUGGAUGUCGAUGGCGAGAAACCACGACCCAAACCCAAACCGAAGGCUAAGGCUAAGCAACCACCUCCAGGAGAUGACGAACAACCUCCGAAAAAGAAACUGAAGGUCAAGGACUAG